AUGCAUUUAUCCCAGAUACUUAGCCUUGCAGCCCUCGCCUCUGUUAUAUCAGCCAUAACUGUCUCCUACGAUAAUGGCUAUGACAACCGCGCGCGCUCGCUCACCGCAGUCUCCUGCUCCGAUGGACCAAACGGCCUCAUCACCCGCAAGCACUGGAAAACGCAGGGCGACAUUCCCACCCCAUAUAUCGGCGGUGCGCAGGCCAUCGCAGGAUGGAACUCUGCCAAUUGUGGUACCUGCUGGAGACUCGACUACAAGGGCAGGAGCAUCAAUGUGCUCGCCAUCGACCACACCGACGCCGGCUUCAACAUCGCACAGGGAGCCAUGAAUGCGCUUACAAAUAACCAGGCGGUUCAAUUAGGUAGAAUAGAUGCACAAGCAACACAGAUUGAUGCCAAAAUCUGCGGCAUGUGAGAUGGAUGGAGCAUUGAGUCUAGCUACUUGAUUCAACUGAAAUAGAAAGUUUCAAUUAUCACAUUUGAAAUUUAAUCUAAUAUUGUAGCUUUGGUGUCCUCUACCAUACCUUCGCAGCACCUAGCACCAAGUGAUCGCCUUGUAACUUGCUCCUCUCUUGCUUACGAUAUAUCUAUUAUAUCCAUUGUCAAAACUUUCCCCCGUAGUAUUCCCACUCACAGGAAAAUAUGGCAGCCGCAAGCACGGAGUAAACCCCCGUUGAAGCUGCAGUAUGAGAACGGUGCUUGAUAAUUGGUCC